AUGGACUUUGAAACUGCUCUAUUGUUGCCACAAAAAGAUGAUGUACAAUAUUUUUCAAUAAAAAAGCCCAAAAAUGAGUCAAAUUAUAAUAUAGAAUUAGAAAAAUGGCGAAAUUUACACAAAAGUUCUAAGAAUAGAGCAAUUUUAUUUAUUUAUAAUCCUGUUGAAAACAAGAAUCUUUGGGAGAGUUGGUUCUGGAUGCCCGACUUACAAAAACAAUUGUUUAAACUCGAAAUUUCUAAAAGUUCGAUGUUAUUCGAAUUUUUAGAACAUACUCAUCAUCAUAAAGCUAGUAAUCGUCUUCGUGGUGAAUUACUCGACAUGUUGACAGAUGAAAAUACAUUAUUAAAUGAUGAUACAGAAAAUAUUCUUUUUAUUUCUAAUCUAAAAAGUAAAAGAACGAAAAUUACCCAUAUUUGUGAGAAAUUGAUAGAAGCGUAUCAUUUUAUCGGCCAUUAUCCUCUUGAACAAUAUUAUCGUCGAGCUGUUGAUUAUUUUGUAAAAGAAAAACGUAAAUUCCAAAAUCAAAAUUCUUCUUUUGAUGACAUUAAUAAUAAUUUAUCAGAAAGAGAAUCAUCGGAAUCAACUGAACAACAUGAUGAAACUUCUGUAAGUUUCUUUCCUGUGACUUCAUGUUCCUGUGUUAAAAAAUUAAACGAUAGAAUUAAUGAACAAGAAUUUUUCUUAGAUGUUCUUCCUUAUCUUGAUCAAGUAAAAGAUUUAAAACGUUCGUUAAACUCUAUUUAUAAUAUUCAUUGGACACUUUGUCAUGAUCACAAUCGGCAGAAAACGUUUUUAGAAGAUUGGUAUAAACAAAUUAAUCAGUUGAAAGAAGUACGUCCUUAUCAAAAGAAAUACCUUUUACUAUUAAUUGAAUGUGAUGUUUAUUUCAUAUUCAAAUGGAAUGAAAAAAAUCUUCCUCAAAUCACGGGUAAUGCCAUUGUUAUGACAAAUAUUCCAAAUAGUUCUGAUUAUAAUGCUUAUUUUUUAAAGAAUAGUUUUUGGGUUGAAGAUCAUAGAAUUAAAGGUUUAAAGAGUAUUAGAAUUCAAAAUACUAAUUCAACAAGUGUCAGUAUAAAUAAAAAAAGUAAUUUUAAUCGAGUGGAAUACGAACAUGUAUUACAAAAAGUUGCCACUGAAAUGACGUUAAAUCGAUGGUAUUUUUAUGGAGAAACAGCUGAUGGAAGAGUAAUAGAAGGUUUUGUUGAUCAAAAAAAAGAAUUAGGUGAUAUAGAAAUCUAUUUAAAAGAUAUUUUUCCCUAUGACUUCAAAAAUAAAAACAGCGAGAAAUUUACUAAUAAAGAAGCUCAAAUUUUGAAUCAUUUAUUGCCGAUAUUUACUAAAGACAAUAGAAUUUCUAUUCAAGAUCAUUUUAUAAAAUCAAUAUCGACAGUUGAUUAUGAAAAGCAAUGUUUAUUGAACACAGGAAUUAGAAUUUAUGAUCUGAGAAAAAGUGAUCAUGGAAUUAAUCUAACGAAACGAAUUAAAUCUACUAUCCAUUUCAAAAUAGAAUGGCCGGUCAGUGUUGACCUUAUAGCUCCUAAACGAAAGCCGUUGUCUCUUCACUUGAUUCUUCUUCUUUUUCUUUCUUCAAUUCAACCAGUUCACUUCGAAGAUUCUUCACCGAAUGCUCGCUAA